AUGGCGAUUUCGGCGUUCACGAGAUGGCUGACGAACCCAUCCAAGAACUGGUUCGCCGCCCAGCACUGCAAGGCCGUCUCCAAGCGUCUGAGGAAAUAUGGUGUGAAUCUUCUGCCUUUCGCUCGCUUUGUUCCUUGUUGGUUUUAUUGAUUGCGAUGGACGCCGAUGGUGCGGAUCUGAUUUUGCCGUUACGGUGAAGGCCUGCGGUACGACGACCUCUACGACCCGAUGUACGAUCUGGACAUCAAGGAGGCACUGGCGCGUCUGCCUCGGGAGGUCGUGGAUGCUAGGAACCAGCGUCUAAAGCGGGCCAUGGAUCUCUCCAUGAAGCACGAGUACCUGCCCGAGGAUCUUCAGGUUUAUAUCACACGCCGCUAUUUCGUCCGUCGAAUUUCCUUCUUUGACUGUUGCUGGAUCCUCGCCUUAAAUGUGUCCCCGAGUUUAAAUGAAACGGAAACAUUAUCAGGUGUUCGUGUUUUUUGGUUUCUUAGUGGUGUCGUUUAUUCUUAUGUUUAUAUUUUUUCUCUGUAAUGCAUUAAGGUGAGUUUUCCCUAGAAAUUCCCGGAAGUGAAUGCCAGUAUCUCAGCUGCCUGUUCGACGAACAAUUUCUACGCUUACAUUGUCACCACGGGGGAUCGGUACUGCCAUCCAUGGUUCUGAAAUUGUACUAUUUAUGUCCUGCAGUUAGGAAUACCAUCAUGAGUGAUCGACAUCCUGAUUGGUAGUGCUGACUGUUGCCAUCCGUUCACCAACAGCGCGUUCAUUCAUCAACUUCUUUGGACGGUAGUUUUGUUGUUUUUAUUUGAUUUCUCUGAAGCUAUUUCUGACAGCUACAUAAUGGGUUUUUUCGCCGAAUUUAGCGUGGCUUCCUUAUGUUGAAAAUAAUGUGGGUUAUCGUUGGGUCUAGAGUUGACACUUGGAAGUGGGGGACGAAUCCUUGAUAAUGAAGGGACAGAUCAGUACAUGAUAUCAGCAUGUGUAGGAUGUGAAGUCAAGGGUAGGGGAUAAAGGGUUUCUGGAGAGUAGUCGGUACUGCAUGCCAUAUUCAACAGUCAUAAGUUAUGACUUCUCGGUUCGGCAUCUUCUUUCCUUAAUGUCUACCUUCCUUUUUCUACAAACACCGCACACUGUCUUUAACGCAUCCAACUCAUCCCUUCACUUAUCUGUCGUGAUGUGAACUAGAAGAAUAUCCCAUCAAACCAUUAACGUAAUUGGUUUUUUUCUCCUUGCUUCCUAGUUAACAUGGAACCCACAUCUACCCGCUUUCAAUGGACAAGUGUUUCGAUAUAAGCUAUUCUUGUUGUUGAAUGCACUUCAUAUUUGGUGUCACGUUUUCUAGAUGUCUAAGCUUCAUUAUUUCACCGGCACCUCAGGCUGGCGUUAAUGCAGCACCCGAGCUGUAGAUAUACCCUGGACCUAUUCGCUGAUCCAGCAUGGAAUGGCGGGGAAGAAAAAUAUCCCGCCAAACUAUGAAAACCAUCUGCCUUUUGCUUCAUCAUUCACUGUUAAACACGUCUUCUUACACUGAAAAAAGCUUGUUAAUUCAAUCCAACACAAUUACUGUUAUUGGAUUAAGUACACAGCCAUCUCCUGGUCCGCUUAUACGCUCAAAGCUGCCCAGAAAAACUUAGCUUCUAGUUCCAUUAGAACUUAUUCUAAUAGUUUUAGAAGUCCUUUGAAGUUUCAGUGCUUCUUCUAGGUUCAUGGUAGAAAACAUAGUUACAUUUUUAUCCCUAGAUUAUCUACGAUUUAACGCCAAGAAAAGAGAAUUAAAAAAAAAAUCCGCUAUUUUAAUUUUAUCUCAAAUAUUUUUAGACUAUCAUGCAGUGUAAUGUUUCUUCAUACAACUUGACGAUUUAUCUAUAGAACGAUCGAUUAGUUUUACUGAUCUCUUUGAAUAGCCUCUGUAAAAGGUCCUUUUGGAAAAAAAAAACGGUGUUUUAGCAUUCUAUUUUUUUUAUAAUGUUUUGCAUCGCAUUCAGGGAGAAGACUGAGGGCAACUACGGAUGUGUUAAAUCGAAAGUCUAUCAUUGUUUGAAAAAUCCAUAGAAUAUAUAUGUUGUGUGUUUACUUUUACUGAACAAGACCUUCGCCAGGCUAAUAUCGACAACAAUGUUUUUAGAAGUAUCCUAUUAAGUUCGCAAGUGCAUUGAGUAACAAUGCAUUACGCAAAAAUCCCGUCAGACAAGAAGAAUUCUAUGUCAUUGUUUGCUUAGAAUUGUGGUUCGCAAAGAUUUAGGACCUAUGCCUCAAACACUCAUUCUCUGUAAAUCUAUUACCUUCUUUGUUUUUUUGGUUAUAGUAUCUGUUCUUUUUUUUUUCCCCAUCAUUUAACUUGAAUGGGCUUAUGCACAACUUCGAAAAGCCUGCUCCUUGAGGUUUAUCCAUGUUGUAUAUCCUUUUCGAAUGCUGUUUGCUAAACCCUUGGAAUCAGCUUGUCAAACCCAGCAACUCGUACUGAAAUCCAUUCAAGCUAUCAGUCUAUGAUGUUCCCUUUUUGGCAUUGUCAAUGUCGUCAUUGUCCUCGUUAUCUAGUAGUCUAUCUCCAUUUUUUAUCUUCAAUGGUGGCAACAUUAGAUAGUUUAGAUGCUUUUACAGGGAUCUUUUAUACUGCUCUAUAUUGUAGAACCCGAUUUGAUUUCCUCAGCUGGAUCCAAAUGUGUAUCCAUUGACCUUAUUUUAUACACAAGUAUGUUAGCUGGAGGACUGAGAGCCCGCAAAGCCAUGUUUCACAGGCAUUAUAUCCCCAAUGAAGUAAUUGCAAAGAAAAGGUUACACAUUUGCUAUACACGUCAUGAAUGAUGAUCUGUCUUCGUGCAUUAGGAGUGAUCUUGGAGAUUAGUCCAGGAUAUCCAAUUUCGUUUAAAAAGAGAUAAGAAACUGAAUGGCUUCUUGGGAGCCAUUCGGCUUAAAAGCCCCAUCCCUGAGUUGACUCAUUUCGCUUCUUCUUCUUCUUCCCAUCUAUAUUCAUCAGGAAGACCCCUCCCCCUCAUCCCUGACAAUAUAGAUGGGAAGGAGACAGACAUAACCAGUCACUUUCUUUGUCUACGUACACCUUUGCUUCGUUCAGAUAUUUAUUUCUCUGCAAUUGUUCUUGAUAGUUAAGUGUUAUUGGUGGUCUUGGUAUCAUCGAUGUUGACAAAUACGUUAGUGUGACCAGUUUUACCCCGCUGGGCACUGGUACGUCUAAAAAGAUAAUGCGAUGAUUUUCAAAUUUUAUUUCCGAGGAAAACGAUGCAAAAUUAUGUAUGGAAUAUAGAUUUAAAUCAUGAUACGAUGAUUCUCUCACUGUUUACGGUUUUGUUUCUGUUGAAUGAUAUCUAUUUUUAUUUAGAUGACAGUUUAUUAUUCAUCGUUCCAAAUAUAUACUUCUAGGGAGUAAAUAAUCUUUGUAUUAUGAUAUAUCUGGUAAACAUGAGUUGCGAAUCCAGUCAAUCCAGAUGGUUGUGACUGUUGCUCGCCUUAAGAUGGAUUAAAAAUAAUGUAUCUAUGGAAAAUUCACCUUUAAUGUGCUAAUCCCUGGAUACCUCCACGCAUUAUUCCACGGUUGACUUAAUUCAUUUAAUUAAGUCAAUUUUCCCCUUUGUUGGGAAAAUGCCAUCGAUUCUUUUUCUCUCUCCUUUCAUUCGUUUUUGUCGGCAGCUCUGAUUGUGCUUGAUUGUUUUCAAGUGGGUUUGACAAGGUACGAAAGUCAAUGGUUAUCUGGGGCGAUUGACACGUGUUGCAAUAAACAUGAUCACGUAUUGACUUUUUCUCCCCUUCCUCUGAACAGGUUCUGCAGACGCCAUUCAGGAGCUACCUCCAAGACAUGCUAAAGCUUGUAAGCCCCACUGUAACGUUCACCGAUUCCUCUUUGUUUUAACGCGGAGCUUCCCCUUUCUGAUGGGUCAACUGCAGGUCAAGAAGGAGAGAGCCGAGCGUGAGGCCUUGGGAGCCCUUCCCCUCUACCAGCGCACCAUUCCGUGA